AUGACUGCGCAGAUGGAUACCGAACCCAGAACUCACAAGGAAUACGUUGUGGGGUGGGUAUGUGCUCUGCCAAAAGAGCAGACCGCGGCGACAGCCAUGCUAGAUCGAAGACACGUCGGGCUCCCGAAGCCGCGGAAUGACCCCAAUACUUACACCCUUGGAUCUGUUGGCAACCACAACGUUGUGAUAGCUUGCCUCCCUAAAGGCCAGAUUGGCAACAAUUCGGCAACGAACGUUGCUGCCUGGAUGGUCUCGACUUUUCCGUCCAUCAAAUUCGGCCUGAUGGUGGGUAUCGGCGGCGGCAUUCCACCCAAGGUGAGACUUGGCGAUGUGGUUGUCAGCACACCCUUGGGCCAGUUUCCUGGUGUGGUCCAAUGGGACUUUGGCAAGGCCAAAGAAGGCGGCAGCUUCGAACGGACCGGGUCCCUGAACAAUCCGCCCACGUCUCUGCUCACGGCCCUGACAGCGUUGGAGACGGAGCACGACUUGGUUGGCUCCAAGAUACCGGAGUACUUGGAGGAAUUGAGGGAGAGGUGGCCGAGACUUGUACCGAAGUACCUGCCGUCUGAUUUGCAGGAUAUAUUAUUCAAAGCAGAUUAUGGACAUGCAAGCAGGCGCGCCUUGGAUCUCGAUGAUACUUGUAAUGUUGACGAUGUAGAUGAGGACGAGGAAGAGAGCUGCCGAUUCUGCGAUAAGACACAGGUCGUGAGGAGGAAACCGAGAGAUAUGUCUGUGCACUUCGGUCUGAUCGCAUCGGGGAACCAGGUCAUCAAGGAUGCUGCUUUCCGAAACAAACUCAACGAAGACCUUGGUGGUCAUCUCCUUUGCAUCGAAAUGGAAGCGGCGGGGCUGAUGAACAACUUCCCGUGCAUCAUCAUCCGAGGAAUCUGCGACUACGCGGACUCACAUAAGAACAAAGAUUGGCAGGAAUACGCUGCGGCUGUUGCUGCAGCAUUUGCAAAGGAAUUUCUGGCAUUCUUGCAACCAACUGAUAUUGAGGGAGAGCGUCCAGUGAAGGAAAUACUUGGGCAGGUUCUCAACGCUGUAUCCCAGUCUGGGGCAAACAUUAAAAAGAUAAGCAGCCAUUUAGAACAAAAGGAAGAGCUUGAGAUACUCAACUGGAUUACGCCGAUCAACUAUGGCCCUCAACAAAGCGAUUUCUUAGGAAGAAGACAACGCGGAACUGGCCAGUGGCUUCUAGAGUCGACACAGUUUGAGAUAUGGAAGGCGAUCAAGAACCAGACAAUGUUUUGUCCCGGAAUUCCCGGAGCUGGCAAAACCAUCAUCAGCUCGAUUGUGGUCGACCAUCUCGACCAGGAGUUUCAAGCAGACCCGGCAAUAGGUAUCGCUUAUGUGUACUGCAACUUCAAGCGGCAGGACGAUCAGAAGAUCAACGAUUUGCUGGAAGGCUUACUAAAACAGCUAGCUGGGCGGUGCCAGCCUCUGCCAAAUAGCGUUAAAGAGCUCUACAAGUACCAUAAAGCCAGAGGAACGCGACCGUCAGCCGAAGAGAUUUCCAACGUUCUCCUCAUCGUAGCGGCGACAUUCUCAAAACUCUUUAUUAUUGUUGAUGCACUUGACGAAUGCCAGGCAUCUGACCGGCUGCAUUUUGUAUCAGAGCUUUUCAACCUUCAGACACGGCACAGCGCAAAUAUCUUUGCGACAUCGCGAUUCAUAUCAGAGAUUAUGGAUCAAUUCAAAGACGUCUUAUCAUUAGAGAUCCGUGCGACCGACGAGGACGUGGGGAUGUACCUGGAAAGCCAUAUGGGACAGCUACGACCUUGUGUCCUGGAGAAUCGCCAACUGCAGGAGGAGAUUAAAACUACUAUCUCAGAUGCAGUCGAUGGAAUGUUUCUGUUGGCACAAAUUUAUCUUGGUUUCCUCGACGACAAAUUGACCGCAAAUGAUAUCCGGACGUCAUUGAAAAGCUUUCGGAAGCAAGAUCGAGGAUCGAGCGAAGACGAGAAGACUGAGAUAUUGAGCCAUGCCUAUGAUCAAGUAAUGGAGAGAAUUGAUCAACAGCGGCCGGGUUUGAGACAACUCGCAGUGAAGGUCUUGUCAUGGAUCAUCUAUGCGAAGCGGCCGCUCAGUAUACAAGAACUUCAGUAUGCCCUGGCAAUAAAGGAGGGAAAGUUCCAGUUUGACGAAGGAGACCUGCCACAUAUCGAAGAUAUGGUAUCAGUUUGUUUGGGAUUGAUCACUAUCGAUGAUGAAAGUACCAUCAUACGUUUGGUGCACCACACCACACAGGAGUAUUUUGCGCGGACCAGGCAGGACUGGUUUUCCACUGCCCACACCGAAAUUGCAAAAUCCUGCGUCACCUGCUUGUCAUUUGACGUUUUUGAAGCCGGAUGCUGCCCAACGGAUGGUAGCUUGCUUGCGAGAUUACGGACCACUGUGCUUUAUGGCUAUGCCGCGAAGAAUUGGGGAUACCAUGCCAGAUACUCCCUGAGUCUGGACGACGCACUGAUAUUGGACCUUCUUCAGAACACCUUCAAAACCUGA